GUCCCUCCCCCGGCCCCAACGGGUGCAGUUCCGCCCGCGGCCAGCAGGGGGCGCCGGGCGCCAGGUGAGCGCCGCGCACAGGUGAGGUCUGCGGAAGUGUGGAGCGAGCCAGGAUGGGGGACCCCGUCCUGACGCUCCCGGAGCUGAUCCGGCGGGUGCGGGGGGCGCGGACGCAGGCCGUGGAGCGCGAGCUGGUGCAGCGGGAAUGUGCCCGGAUCCGGGGGGCCAUUCGGGUCGGGGACCCCCAGGCCGGCACAGCCAACCUCACCAAACUGCUCUACAUCCACCUGCUGGGGUACCCUGCCCACUUCGGCCAGAUGGAGUGUCUGAAGCUCUUGGCCUCACCCCAAUUCCACAAGAAGCGGAUUGGCUACCUGGGCGCUGCGCUCCUAUUGGACGAGAGGCAGGACGCCCACCUGCUCCUGACCAAUAGCAUCAAGAACGACCUGGCGCACCCCUCCCCCUGCGUGCAGGGCCUGGCGCUCGGCUGCCUCGGCUGCCUGGGCUCGGCGGGGAUGUGCCGCGACCUGGCGGGGGAGGUGCAGCGGCUGGCGGGGGACGCCCCGGCCCCCGUGCGCAGGAAGGCUAUGGCCUGCGCCGUCCACAUCGUCCGCAAAGUCCCGGAGCUCUCAGACGUCUUCGUCCCCGUCUGCGACCGGCUCCUCCAGGGGCGCCGCCAUGGCCUCCUUCACGGCACCCUGCUGUUGAUCACGGAAAUGUGCGAGCGAAGCCCAGAUGUCUUGAGUCACUUCCGCAAGGCCGUGCCCCACGUGGUGGAGAUGCUGCGCAACUUGGAGGUGUCGGGGUACUCACAGGAGCACAGCAUCAUGGGGGUCAGCGACCCCUUCCUGCAGGUGCGCGCCCUGCGGCUGCUGCGACUCCUGGGACAGGGCAGCGAGGAGGCCAGCGAGGCCAUGAACGACACCCUGGCCCAGGUGGCCACGAACACGGAGACCUCACACAACGCGGGCAGCGCGGUGCUGUACGAGGCGGUGCUGACCAUCACGGCGGUGCGCUCGGCGCCCGGCCUGCGGGUCCUGGCUGUCAAUAUUCUGGGACGAUUCCUCCUCAGCAGGGAUCGGAACAUCAGGUCCGUGGCGCUGGCGUCGCUGCUGCGGCUGGUGCAGGCGGAGCCCAGCGCCCUCCAGAGGCACCGGGCCGUGCUGGGCUGCCUGCAGGACCCCGACCCGGCCCUGCGGCGCCGCGCCCUGGAUCUCAGCCUGGCUCUGCUGUCGGCCGCCAACAUCGGGCCCAUGGCCCAGGAGCUGCUGGGUUUCCUGGCGACCUGCCCCCCGCCCAUGCAGCGCCCCUGCGCCUCCGGGCUGCUCCUCGCGGCCGAGAGAUUCGCUCCGAACAAACGCUGGCACAUAGACACCGUCCUGCAGUGCUGACCCUGGCCGGCUCCUCGGUGCCAGACGAUGGGGUCUCCCGCCUGAUCCAGCUGAUUGGGGGGGCCGGGGAGCUGCACCCCUACAUCGUGAGACGUCUCUAUGGGGCACUGGCCUGCGACAUCUCCCCG